GCAUUCUUCCGGUGGACUUACUGAUGAUUCUUCGAAUUUGCGUCGUUCUCUGGCGGUUUCUAGUAGAUUUGCAUCAUUUUCUGGUGAUUCUUCAUCAAAUUUGCAUUGUUCUCUGGCGCUCUUCUGGUGA